UUGGUAGACAUUGGAGGUGGUGGUGAAGGAGACAGUGGUGGUCAAUGUUAUUUGAGCAGGGUCAGCAGGCCCCAGAGGUUCCUGAGUACACGAUGCAGAAGGCUGCUUACUAUGAGAACCCAGGACUCUUCGGAGGCUAUGGCUACAGCAAAGCUGCUGAUACUUAUGGCUAUAGUGCCCCCCAUCAGCCUUAUCCACCCCCUGCUGCUGCCAACUCCAUGGACACUGAUUACCCAGGCUCUGCCUGCUCCAUCCAGAGCUCUGCGCCUCUCCGAGCCCCAGCCCAUAAGGCGGCUGAACUCAAUGGAAGCUGCAUGAGGCCUGGCACUGGGAACAGCCAAGGUGGGGGUGGUGGCAGCCAGCCUCCAGGUCUGAACUCAGAGCAGCAGCCACCACAGCCCCCUCCACCGCCACCACCACCAGCCCUGCCCCCAUCCUCUCCCACCAACCCUGGAGGUGGAGUACCUGCCAAGAAGGCCAAAGGUGGGCCCAAUGCUUCUGGCUCCUCAGCCACCAUCAGCAAGCAGAUCUUUCCCUGGAUGAAAGAGUCCCGCCAGAACUCCAAGCAGAAGAACAGCUGUGCCACUGCAGGAGAGAGCUGCGAAGACAAGAGCCCGCCGGGCCCAGCGUCCAAGAGGGUGCGCACGGCGUACACAAGUGCACAGCUGGUGGAGCUGGAAAAGGAAUUCCACUUCAACCGCUACUUGUGCCGGCCACGCCGCGUGGAGAUGGCCAACCUGCUGAACCUCACCGAGCGGCAGAUCAAGAUCUGGUUCCAGAACCGGCGCAUGAAGUACAAGAAGGACCAGAAGGCCAAGGGCAUCCUGCACUCGCCGGCGGGUCAGUCUCCGGAGCGCAGCCCACCGCUCGGCGGCGCCGCGGGCCACGUGGCCUACUCAGGGCAGCUGCCACCCGUGCCCGGCCUGGCCUACGACGCGCCAUCGCCGCCCGCCUUCGCCAAAUCUCAGCCCAACAUGUACGGCUUGGCCGCCUACACGGCGCCGCUCAGCAGCUGCUUGCCUCAGCAGAAGCGCUACGCGGCGCCCGAGUUCGAGCCCCACCCCAUGGCGAGCAACGGCGGCGGCUUCGCCAGCGCCAACCUGCAGGGCAGCCCGGUGUACGUGGGCGGCAACUUCGUCGACUCCAUGGCGCCCGCGUCCGGCCCCGUCUUCAACCUGGGCCACCUCUCGCACCCCUCUUCGGCCAGCGUGGACUACAGUUGCGCCGCGCAGAUUCCAGGCAACCACCACCACGGACCGUGUGACCCUCAUCCCACCUACACAGAUCUCUCGGCCCACCACUCGUCUCAGGGACGCCUGCCCGAGGCCCCCAAACUGACGCAUCUGUAGCGGCCGCCACCGGCCCGAACUCGCGGCGCGAUUACCUCUUUGGCUUUGAUGGCGGGGGUGGCGGGCGGGGCCCGCGGGGCAGCUCGGUGACCUCCCCACUCCCUCGCUCUGGCCCGGUCCGCUGCCUCCCGGUCUCUGGGCCAACAGCGGCCGAGGCGCAGGCGCCUGGGCCUCCUUUCCAGGCGCACCCUGCUUUGGGUGACUCGCCGUAAAUCAGCCCUAAGGAUUCUCCGCUGUUAAACCUCACAGUGCCACAUACUGCGGACCGAGGGACUCUAAUCUGGUAAUGGUGUCCCGAAGGUAAGUCUGAGAUCCAUCGGCGGCGCGCCUCGCAGAGGGUCCGGGCCUAGCCCGCGUCUAGUUUAGUUGCGGAGACCUUAAUUUAUAUGCUUCUUCCCGUCCCAUAAGAAUUGCAUCGGACUCAACGAUCUGUAUUUAUUAUUUGAAGCGAGUCAUUUCGUUUUCCUGAUUAUUUAUCCUCGUCUUAAUGUAUUUAUGUGUAUAUUCGUAGAGUUCUCCAGCCGAGUUUAGGAACGCGCUCCCGGGCCGCGGGGGGCCACAUAUCACCUCUUUAGUCCCCUUGGUCUGAACUAGUUGAGAGAGUAGUUUUGAACAGUUGUUAACCGUGGCUGGUGUUUGUAGUUGUAAAGGAUUAAGACCGCAAAUUGUCCUUCACGGGUAGAGUCAGGCGGCCCUAUGGCGUGGCACGACACCCGUUAUUCUUUUCCCAACAGCCACAGCCCUCGCCACAGUUUAUUGAUUUCAAAUUGUCUGGUACUAUUUGAACAAAUAUUUAGAAUAAAAAAUUUCUCAGUCGGAAGUGUAUCUGUGUUAAUCACGCACAUUUGCAAGUAGAUCACUCUGCCUUUUUCUUGUGCACAAUCCCAGAGGAACCCCGCCCCCCGCCCCCCACCCCCCACCCCCCACCCCCCACCCCCAUAGGCUAACCCUGUGAAACAUUGUUUCCACUUACUUGGAAUCCUGUACACAAAUUGGUUCUGGGGAAUACUUGAUUACUUUCUAGCUAUUGACUUCAGAGGGUGCGAUAUCUGAAGAUGCAAACCUAGAAAUGUUCUGGGUGGGAUGAUCUGGGUAGGGUGUUUCUCUGCUGCCUGUUUUGCUGUUUCUACCGCCCUCUUUCUAGAUACAGAUCCACCUUUUUAGGUUGCACUUACAUUGGGGAGGCCAGAGCUCACUUCUCUGCAUUAAGUAGUUAAAAAAAACUUUGAAAGAAAACUGACAAUCAAAGAAAAGAUAUGAGAAGUCAUAAGAAGAACUGAACAAUGAAAAAGCUAAGAUGCAGAAAAAGAAACGAUCAUUUGAAGCCAUGCACCUAAGCUUUUUCUGUCGGAAAUGCCCUCACGAUUUUUUCCUUAUAGAAAUCAGUGAUUCAUUUCUAAAGAAAACAAACGUUCCCCACGAUGUAAAGUAAUAAAAGUUUCAUUAAUGGAACAUAAUAAGUAUAAACACUUUGUUUACUCCUGUUUCUUUGUACAAAAUGGGCAAAAUGUCUUCGAGGAUUUAUAACCGUUUUGUAAAUAUUAGCGUGGUUUUAACUGGGGCGGACUGCUUACACCGGCUUCUCUAGGAGGAGGCACUCGGAGAACGCCUUCAGAUAAGGUUCGAUUCUUUUGUAUUUCAGCAAAGUCGGCCCACGCAUCUCUAUUUGGUUUGACAAAUAAUGCAACUCCUACUACAUCCCCGGUGACAUGAGGUGAAAUUUCUAUUGUGUGGAAAUCAUUUAACUUCUAAUCUUCUGGUGGAACAACAAUCGUUUCUAUUUGGAUGUUUGUGUUUCGCUAAAUAAUGAUGGCUCAAAAUAAUAUUUAGUUUCCUUGUUCCUUUGUGCUGUUUUUAAAAUGGCAUGUUAGUUUGGGGGCGGGAGGGAAUUAUCCUUUUUGCUAAAUUUCACUUUAUCUGAGCAGGUUUAAAGUAUACAUGUUGUAGAAGUGUAUCAAAAGAAUAAAUGACUUCAACCGAAGGGAUAUUUUACCCACGUUCAAGGCUUAAAAUUGUUUUUCUAUGAAAUUUGCAUCCAUAGGCAGAAUUUCUAAUUGUCUUGUAAGAAAUUAUUUUUUAAAGCUAUUAGGGAAAUCAAAGGAGAGCUUGCUGCCUUGCAGGGAUUACAACCUUUCUUAACUGGCUAAAUAUUAAAUAGAUGAAUUGUCAGGCUGUUUAGAUUCAGCCCGGUUUUCCCCUUCAUCUCCUCUUCCUACCAUAAAUAAUAAUAAAAAAUACAUAAUGCAUCACGGCUUCAGGCGUUUUCCAGCGCGGUGUGUUACCGCAGGAGUAUCUGCUGAGUCUGCGGGUGUCUGCAAGGCCCCAAGUGUCAUCUGCGGCUUAGGGUUUCAUGGAUUAGAUUUUAAACGGUGUCUGGCCCGGUUGACAUCAGCCUCCUCGCACGCUCAGGCUCCAAAGAAGCGCGGGCUUGGGAGCUCCCUUUCCAAGCAGCUGCAGCUGCCCCAAAGCACCCCCUCGCUAGCAGAGUGGGAGUCCUCUCCCACCUCUGGAGAAAGGUUCCCCGAGGCUUCCGGGAGCGACUCGGAUGGAUGCGUUCCUGCCUCUGGCGUGAGCGUCAUGUGAUGACCACAAUCGGUCGCUCAGGGCGCGAGUGGGGGCGGCGGCCAGUCUUGGGAAGGCCCUUCCCGCGCGGCCGCCAGCCAGGGCGAGAGCGGAGCCCGCGCACAGCCAUUUAAAACUGCAUGAAUUAUAAACAAGCCGCCUUGGCCUUCGCCAUGAAUUCUGCUCUUUUUGAGCCUGCAAUUAGUGUUAGGAAGCACCGGAGUCUAAACACAACCAAACACCCUCUGAAGGGUCCAAGUGCCCGAGGUUGCAAAGCUUUAUUUAUUUCUCAUUGCUACCCCCUCCGCGGCCCGAGGUUUGCGCCCAGAGUCUCCUCCUCCCCCGUCACCGCCGGCGGUACGCAGCCGGCUGGGUUCCCGCUCCGCGAGGGAAGGUCACAAUAGCUGCUCUAUCGGCGGAGGCGCCCGCCUCCCCCCCCCCCCCCUCGGGUCUCGGGAAGGCAGAGAAAGGACGGUGGGGGAGGGGAGCUCGGGCCGGCAAUGGCGCCCCAGGCCCAGGCCGCUCCUUCUCCCGCGGAGGACCUGCAGCGGGAAGAGGCACGUCUGCAGCGGAAAGACACUGCCACUCCAGACCGAGGCUUCUUCCCGGGAGCGGCGCGCGGGCUCUGUGGGGAGCUCACCACGGCCUCGAGGAGGCUGCUCGCUGGCCCCUAGCCGCCGCGCGCUGCUGGAUCGAGGGCGCCCGCAGCAGCGGGCCUUCCGGGAGCAGCGUCGCCAUUGUGAGCGCGGCUUCCCACGGGCCCCGCGGCGGGGAGGCCGCACAAAGGCGGCAAGGCGUCCGACACCCGCAGGUGGGGAGGGGCCGGCCUCGUUGCGGACCUUGGGCUCGGGGAGGUUAACCCCUUUGCCCAAGGGGAGGAAAUGGCUCUUUGGCUCUGGUCGUGGCCGGCUCUGCCUUUUUUUCGCCCCCCUACUUAGACCCAUUGGAGGGAGGUCUUAUCAGGGAGGUUGUGGGCGAUUCUUCUGGGACCUGAAGAAAGGGGUCAGGGCCCCAAGCCCAGGCCUAUGGAUGGGGGUGGAAGUCAUUUGGGAGCCCCCUAGUCCGUCUUGCCAAUCAAACGUGAAUUAAAGCAGGGUUGAGAUGAAGUGGCUGGAAUGACCAGCUGCAGAAUGAGAGCUGGGGGUGGGAAAAGAUUUAGGGACAGGGAGAGCCUGCCCUGGCUACCAAGGAGAAACUCAGGACCCAGCCUGCAGUGGAGUGAGAAAACCCUACUGAGUUAGCCAAGGGGAUAGAGAAGUUGCAGAGGAAAGGUGGCAAGAAAGGGCAGUAACACAUUCUACCUCCUGGCUUUCAGACCUCAGCCUUAUCUAAGGACCUCACAGAGAAAAAUCCUUCUCAGAUGGAAUCAUUUGUUAGCUAUCCAUUUUGUACCAUUUCUUUGUACAGGCUUUCAAAUAAGAGGGAGAGAAUACAGAGCAAGUGCUUGCCCCUUGGUGCAGCCUCAAGCCUAGUCCCUAUCAGAGACACAUCAGCCAAAUUGGUUUCCCAGGCCCCAGAGGCUGCUAACCUUGCUGAAAAGCAUUUUUAAAUUUGUAUCUGUAAGGAGUAUUUUAAACAUGGUAAUUAACCAUACUAGUUACUCAUCCCUCUCCCUCCCCCAUUCUGUACCAGCCAACUGACCCUUGAGUGAAGUGGUCUUCUCAGCCAGCAGGCUUGAGCACCUAGGCUCCCCAUCUGUUGAGGCUUUUCAUUAGGGAGGGUGAAGAGGAUGUGUGUGUGGGUGUAUGUUUGAAUAACAAAGGAGAAACCCAACAUUCUAAAAAAGUGUUUCUCUGCUUGACCUGGGGGAGCCAGAAGCCUGUUUACACUAUGGAUAUUCAAGGGACAUCCCAGGCCUGUUUUGACUUUAUCCUGAGAAUUAGUUGAAACUGCCUCCUGAAGUCAAGAAUGGGUUAAUCCCAGUUACAGAAUCCAGGAAGGUCCUCUUCAUCUGGCAACUCUUGGCAUUACUCUGGUCCUUCUUUCAGAAACUGUAGGAAAAGAACAGGAUGAACAGCAGUUCAUAUUAAGUAAAUAAAAAGAGAAACAUAAGGCUCCAGUUCCCACAGGCCUAUAGCCUGAUUACUUCAGGGCACUGCAACUUUCUAGAGAGGGGAUGUAGCUAUGGCUUGGGUGAGUGGGCCUAUCCCUUGACACUUCAGGCACAGGGAAGUGAGACUGAGUGGCCAGCUGCACCCAUAGCACCUCUGAGGACUGGCUCUCUUAGAGCUCUCUUGUAGAAGGUCUGGAUGGAGAGAAAAAAGAUAGGGUAGAUGAAUCCUGUGCACUUACUGCAUUGGUGAUGCUGGUGGUAGAGAAGAUCAUCACAGAGGAUGAAAUCUUAGUUAUCACUGCUCCCUUGUCUUCUACUCCAGCUACAAAGCCCUUUAUUUUGGAUGCCCAGAGUUGACCAAAUGGAUUUAUGUGCCUGGCCCCAAACCCAUUCCUAAACAUUUCACUCAGGUCUCAUACUCACCUUGGCAAAUUGGGAAAGUACCAAGAUAAGUCAAAGAUCCAUUUUCAGGCCAGGCCCAGCCUUCUGAAGCACAGUAAACAAAAGGUUUCCACACAUGAAGAACCAAGGUUAAUGGAUGUCCAGUCAUUUGCAGUAGCAGAAGCAGGUGAAGGGUUCCCAGAAGAUCAGCAUGGUGGGAGAUAUUACAGAAGUCUUCUUGUCCCAGAUCUUGUGGUAAAAUCUCUUCUUCUUCCUGCUCAUUGCUCAGUCAUGACUCUUUGCUACUCUAUGGACUGUAGCCUCGCAGACUCCUCUGUCCAUGGGAUUUCCCAGGCAAGAAUAUUGGAGUGGGUUGCCAUUUCCUCCUCCAGGGGUAAGUCUCUUGAAUGGUUCCUAUAUCUAGUUGGGGUCAUUUUAUAUGGAAGAAUAAUAUCUGGAAAAUCAUGAGAAUAGGAUUUUAACAUUAGUAAGAGCCCAAAGAGGAGAUCUUAAUUGAAACCAGGAUGCAUAGAGAACCCUGGUACAGAGGCAGUGUUUUAGGUGGGGAAGCCGGGCUAAAAUCCGUCUAAGAGUGCCUGUUGGACCAAGGCCUUUUUGAAGGAGGCGAUGAGAGUCCCUGACUUAUGAGGAGACAGGGAGAAGGCCUUCUGAUGGCUCUCCUGGUAGGAAAGCUACCCUAAAAUACCACACCCCUCCUCGUCUCCACAAGGGCCUGAAGGCCAAAUGACCGGGAAAGUGGGUCGGUUGGGUUGAACUCCAGGCAGUGGCAGAGCCAGAACUGACCUCUUUCACCCGCGUCUGCUAACCCCUUGGGGCAGCAACGAUGCCAUCUCCGUCGCCGGCAAAAACACACAAAGGAGGCCCCCACCCAGGCUCGAACCUGGGGGCACACUGGAGAGAGGGCUGGCGUGGACCCCGAGUUGGACAGCCUCCCACCCCCACGGGGAACAAUAGCUGCCGCCUCCCCGGGGCAGUGGGGCGGUCGCGCCGCACAAAGGCCGGCUCGGCUAGCGCCAUGUGACGCGCUCGACCCGCUCUCACAGCGCGGCGCGGCGGACGGGAGGGUGUUCCGACCCACCUGAACACUUUCCGAAAGACAAACGCGGUUCCUCCUACUUCGGAGCAAGUCCGGGCCAGCUGGGAUCCGACCAGAAACCGCAAGCGGAGGAGACGCGGGUACGCAGGCUGCGGGUAACGGAGGGCGCGACCUGCCGCCCCGCGCUCUGCAGCGCCAGGCCCGAGGGUAGCGCCGCCCGGUCCUCCCCGCUCCAGGGACGGCAGCCGCCCAGCAGCCCCGCCCGCGGGCCAGGCAGGGCGCCGGGUGCCCCGAGCGUCCCGGCCCCACCUCCACGCCCCACCUCCGCGCACUUCCCGCUUGCCCCAGUGACACCCUUCACCGCUGCUGUCCCCCCAGAAAGGGACAAACCCGUCUCUGAGGGCAGGACGAGAGAAAACCUCAAUAGGUGGAAAGGUUCUUGCAAAUACUUUUAUUUAAGAGUUUUAUAAAGGAUGUCCCAAAGGAUCAGAAUUCAGGGGAGACGCUGAACGAGUUCUCUCAUUGACCUUCAGGACUAUUUCCUAUUUGUAUGGGAGGAAAGAGGUUAAGAACCCCUGUUGAACUUGGAACUAAACUUGAAUGCAAUUUAAAAUAACCAUUAAAAUACACUUAAAACACUAACCACAA